AUGGUGGCUGGCAAAGUAAUUGCAUCUGUAACCUCCCUCAUUUUGGUCGUUGGGGUCGUCAUUGGUGCGGUCGUCGUUGUCCAGAAAAAUGGCAGCUCCAAAAGUGAUGAAAACAUGACACCGCACAUGAAGGCUGUGACACAAAUGUGUGCACCAACUGAUUACAAAGAAUCAUGUGUGAAAAGCUUGAGCUCUGUAAACAAUACCGACCCGAAAGAGCUCUUCAAGGCUGCAAUCAUGGCAACAGCAGAGGCAGUCAAGAAAUCACUCAACAUUUCUGACUCAAUUGUGGUUGAUGCCACAAAGGAGCCAAGAGUCAAGAUGGCUGUGGAUGAUUGUAAGGAUUUGAUGGACUUUGCGGUCCAAGAGCUUCAAGCAUCUUUUAGUUCUGUUGGCGAUAGCGAAAUGCACACAAUGCACGAUCGUGUAGCCGAUCUCAAGAACUGGUUUAGUGCCAUCAUUUCUUACCAACAAUCUUGCUUGGAUGGAUUUGAUGACCCCACAAAGACAGAACCUAACCAGUCUCACCCAGUUAAGGAUCAAUUGAGUAAUGGUAUGCUUGAUGCUAGCCAAUUAACCAGCAAUGUUUUGGCUAUUGUUGAUGGCUUAGCAAAUAUUCUUGAGAAAUUCAAUCUCAAGUUCGACAUCCCCGGCACCAAUUCUGGCCGUAGGCUUCUCGAAGAAGAAGAAGAAUACCCAAGCUGGGUCUCUGGUGCAGACCGUAAGUUGUUGGCUAAGGUUGACAAUGGUGCUAUCAAGCCUAAUGCAGUUGUGGCCAAGGAUGGUAGUGGCCAAUUCAAAACCAUUGGUGCAGCUCUUGCUGCAUACCCUAAGAACUUCAAGGGUCGAUAUGUUAUCUACGUUAAGGCUGGAAUCUAUGACGAGUACAUUACCUUGGACAAGAAGACAGUGAAUGUGUUCUUGUAUGGUGAUGGACCCAGGAAGACCAUUGUUACUGGAGCCAAGUCUUAUGCUAAAGGCUUUGGCACCAUGCAAACUGCCACUUUCUCUGCUGUUGGAGAGGGAUUUAUGGCUAAGUCCAUGGGGUUCCAGAACACUGCAGGUGCUCAGGGACACCAAGCUGUGGCUCUUCGCGUCCAAUCUGAUAGGUCUGUAUUCUUCAAUUGCAGAAUCGAUGGUUACCAAGAUACCUUGUACUACCACGCCCACCGACAAUUCUAUCGCAAUUGUGUCAUCUCUGGCACCAUUGAUUUCAUCUUUGGUUACGGUGCUGCGGUAAUCCAGAACUCAUUGAUCAUUCUCAGAAGGCCAAUGGAUAACCAAUUCAACACAGUGACUGCAGACGGUAGGGCUGAGAGGCACUUGGCCACAGGACUUGUGAUCCACAACUGCAGGAUUGUCCCAGAGCAGAAACUUGUAGCUGACAGGUUCAAGAUCCCAUCGUACUUGGGCAGGCCAUGGAAGCAAUACUCCAGGACUAUUAUCAUGGAGUCCACCAUUGGAGAUGUGAUCAAGCCAGAAGGGUGGUUCCCAUGGUCAGGAAACUUUGCUCUUGACACUCUCUACUAUGCUGAGUAUGCCAACCGUGGACCCGGUGCAAAGCUCGACAGGAGAGUCAGGUGGAAGGGCUUCCGUGGAGCCAUCUCCAAGAAUGAAGCUCUUCAGUACACCAUUGAUGCUUUCAUUCAGGGUAGCCAAUGGAUUAAAGGAUCAGGAGUUCCUAUGUUAGCUGGGCUGAAAGCCUAAAACACUUACAGAAUUUAAAGGACAACACAAAGAAAAAUGAAGAGUAGUAGUUCGUAGAAUGUUUCGCGUGAUGAAGCAUGCAUUCAUACUUUUUGUGCUUGGAAAAAAAUUGUGUAGGGUGUAUUCUUCUUCCACCCAUUUUUCAUAUGAAUCCAUUUCAAUUUAAAGCAAAGCAAAACAAAACUUCAUACGCGUCAAGCAUGAACUAUCAAAUACUUAUUUUCAAUGCACAAGCAAAGCAACCGAGAUACCGAACUGUUUGAUGUUCAGGCAGGUCACUCAAAUGAAGACAUGGAACAUGCUUAAUUUGUUAACCAGCGACGGUGACGACCUAGCAUUGAUAACAGUACCCCCGAUGUUCACAUGCAACUCAUUAAUCAUUGCCAGAAGGCCUAGAACAAAAUCUAGAUGGAUAAAUAUUGUUCAUGGUGUUUUGUUCUUGACCAAGAUGAAAUUGAUGACCACUACACAGUUCCAUACAUUUAACAACCCCAUUUCAUCGAGCUGCCUGUUCCAAUUGCUCUGGUUUCAUAUCUUGCUGUGCAGUGUUCUGCUGCUGAGCUUCUGCAAGUCG